CUGCACUGUCGUCGAUUUAUUUUCUUCCAUUCGGGCGUCGCUGUUCCUUUGUUUAAUCUGUAGUCUCACUUGUUGCUCCUCGCUCGUCGCCUGACGUCUGUCCGCUCCUUACCACUCCUCAUCAAUACCAAACAGCUAACCACAUUACAUCGCAGCCGAAGCAGUCACCGUCGUUCCAGUGGCCACGCACCUCGCUACUCACGGAUCCCGCCGAGUGGUUGAGAGGUAUUUCCGGACGCUGAGCAUUCAUUUCCAGUCGAUUCAUUCCUUCGAUAUGUCUUCAAGAAAGAGAAAAGGUGUUGCAAACAUAGAACCUAGUAGUAGUGGUACUGCUGCAAAAGAGGAUCAAGAAGAGGAAUAUUCUGUGGAAAAAGUUUUGGACAAACGUACCAGAAAUAAUGUAGUAGAAUACCUCCUUAAGUGGAGCGGUUACGAUGAAGAAAGUAAUACUUGGGAGCCCAGGGAAAAUCUUAGUUGCAAAGAUUUAAUAAAGGAGUUUGAAAAAAAAUUAUUACAAGGUGGAAAGAAAAGAAAAAGAAAUGAAAAAAUUGGGCGUGGUGGCCGUGGCCGGUUACGUACACUUUCAAGAUCAACAGUUGCAACUAGUUGUUCAUCAGAAACUCGUCGUCGAGAGACCAGGAUUGAAACGGACGAAGAAAUUGAAAAUAUUGACACGGUCAAUGAUAUUUCUGACUCACUACCAAUACUUAAAAUUCCGGAAAAAAUUAUGGGUACAACUGUUAGAAAUGGCCGAUUGGUAUUUUUGAUGAAAUGGAGAGGAAUAGAAAAAUUCGAUUUAAUCCCAGCUAAAGAGGCUAAUUUAAAGUACUCUCAAAUCGUUAUCAAGUAUUAUGAAGAAAAAUUACAUAAAAUAUAAAUGGUGUUUAACUACUAUACUAUGAAUAAGCAUUACAUGUGUUCAAAACAUAACAUUUAUUUUAUAUCAUAUCCUAUGGUAAAUGUAUUCAAUUAUUUUAUUUUUUGAUUAUAUGUGGAAGUUAUGCCUUACAAAUAAAAAUAACAGUUUAUCUAUUA